UACAGGGACAUUACCAAGUCUUCAGCGCCUCUCCAUUGCGCACAGAGAGUAGCUCGUCUAUGCGCUUCUUUAAUAUAUUUACGAAGACCGUGAAUGACGGAUGCGCGCGUGGAGAGCCGUUCGCUUUUCCUGGAAAUAAAUACACGGUGGGAUGUUGGUUAGACGGGAGCCUCUCCAAACCAUGGAAACAGAUCGGGAAAGAGUGAUUUUCUGUGUAUGGGGAUAUUGAGAUUGUUAUUGCGCAUUUUUGGUGGUACAUUUGGAGAGAUUCGGACCCAUAAGUGUUGGAGACAUGGAUAGAUUGUUUGAGUCUUCUGUGAAUGUGUUGCCGAUGAUCAGUGCCCCUGUCUGAAGUGUGUCGGGGCAAAUAAAGAGAGAGUUUGUGGUAUGCGAACGCAACGACGCGCCGCGUCCUUCUCGCCGUGCUGUCCGCAGCGUACUGACAUCUAACAGUGUGGAUUCAUCAUGCUGCGACAGAUGCUAUUGAACUCCACGGCGGUAGCGCGAGAUUUUGACCGAAUGACCCACACACACACACCAGCACCGCUCAAUGUGUCUCACGGACCUGUGAGCGUGUCGGCCCUCCUGAAGCCCACGGGCCGUGGUGGUGCACUGCGUGAGGGUGAGCUGAACAAACCAGAUCUGGCCACUUACGUGGUGAUGUGCCUGUUGCUGUUUCUCCUGGUCCUACUCAUCGUGUUCUUCAUCAACUGUCAGCUUAGAAACUCUUUCUUCGCCUCCAUGCCCUACGACCGCUCACUGCGAGAAGCACGGAGCUCCUACAAAUGAGACGGCUCAGAUCGAUGGGUAUGAAGUGUGUCAUUUCUGCAUCACUAAAUGGCAUCGGAAAAUGGUGACUGUUUUCAGACAGGUUUCCCAAACACUCCCCCAUCUUCCAUUGGAUGGACAAGCAGAUAUCCCCCCCCCCCCCAAACAAACUUUAAAAGGAUAGCUUACCCAAAAAAACAAACCUGUAUGACUUUCCUCCAUGGAAUACAAAAGGAGAUGCUAGGCAAAGUGACAACCUCAGUCACUGUUCGCUUUCAUUGUAUGGAAAAAAAGAUGCAAUGAAAGUGAAUGAUGACUGAGGAUAACAUUCUGCCUUACAUCUCCUUUUGAAGAAUGAAAACAGAAACAGAAUUUUUAUUUUUGGGUGAACUAUCCCUUUAAGGUUAUAAUGGCACUCUGGAUAUCAAAACAGAACCAGAUCUCUGGACAGAGCCCAAAGACUCGCAUUGAACCCGAACUUAUCUGCAUUGUUGUUUAUGUGUCUGUAUAUAAGGACUGUUUUGUACUUCUGCACGGUCACAUCAUGGCCUUUAUUUCCCAUAUAAUUUUGUUUAUAAAGUCUUGUGCAUUAUGUAAAACAGAUAAUUUUCUUGUACUGUGUUAAACCAUGAUUAAAUCUUA